AUGAACGGCAAAGCGCUACUCCUCUGGUUUUAUGAAUACAUUUAUCAUUACAAUCUUUUUCUAUCCGAAGAAGAUGAUUAUGAAGACAAUGAGAAUGAUAGCGCUGUAUUGAAAGACUCGUCUGUACUUAUUAAAAGGCAACGAUAUGCCACUUAUGUGUAUGUUGCCCUUCUCGUCGUCACUCUUUAUAUACUUUCAUUCAUUGCCCUGGUCACUCCUCGCAAUCAAGUAAUCACUAUGUCUCACAUGACUCCGAUACUUUUCGACGAACUUUACCUCGAACAUAGCGACACUUUGGCUUGCCCAUGUAGUACAGCUGUUGUUCCACACAAGGAGUUUGUUUCGAACAACAUUACUUUCCAUCCCGUAUGUUCAAGUAUCUUUGUGAGCAAUGAAUGGAUUAAAGCAUUACAAAUGGAAUAUGCCAGUGCAUACUUAGUGAUGGAUUUCCGGAAAACAGGUAGCUCUCAGUUCGAACUUCUUGCUGCUCUUUGUUCUAUUUCUCAAGAGAUAGUCUUACAAGCUCUCACUGACUUCAGCAAUGAACAACUCAUCAGUGCUCAGCUUCUUCAAGAGGAUAAUGUUCGUUUUCAUACUAUGGCAAGCAUUGAUCUUGUUCGAACGACGACUCCUGUUCAGUUGACUACAGUUUUAGAAUUUCUUCAAAUAUCAACGCGAUCAAAUUUUCUAACCUCUGCUCUUCAGAACAAUAUGUUACUUACAAUAUACUCACUGAAUGGUCGAUUAACUUUAUAUUUAUUUGACAGUACUAACUUUUAUAACGAAAACGCUUCCUCCAGUGCCAGUUCGUAUGGAUCAUCGUGUCGCUCGAAAAGUUCGUUAACGCGAGCUGGAUUCUAUUCAUUGCCACUUUACGACAGUGCAGUCAACCACGGUACUUGGCCUAAGCUUCCUCCGCAUUUCGAACCAGUGGCUUCUGCAACAGUCGAUGGAUUCUUCGGUGGAUGCAACGCACUUGAUGCUCUCCUAGCUAGUACACUUGACUGUCUAUACAAUACUACUUGUCUCACCCAUUUCAUGAGCUAUUUUCCCAGUCUCAAUCAGAUGGAUGUCAAUAUUUCUGGCCAGAUUUUAUCUUCGCCACGGUCGGGUGUUACUCUGAAAACGCUCCUAAAUCAAUCGUUCAUUGAUAAUUGGACAACGACUAUCAACUAUGCCCAAUACUUCACACAGUGUGCGCCAUUGUCUUGUACUUACACGGAGACUGUUCAGGUUAAUAUUUCUUAUACUGUUACUCUACUGCUCGGUCUUUACGGUGGUUUGACUAUUCUUCUGCGUCUUCUCGCAGUUUUCUUAGUGAGAAUAUUUUCAAAAGUGCCAUGUCAUUCAAUUCAUAUCAGUCCAGCCGUAGUGAGCGGUGUAACGCAAAUCAGAAUAUUCGCUCUAUUUAUACAACAAAUCAAUUUGUUCAAGUCGAUCAAUAAGCGCACUGCGACAGAUAUCGAACGACAACGUGUCACUACGCGGAUGUACUUAACCGCUCUCGCAACCUCCAUAUUUGCCCUGAUUCUGUCCACUUCACUCAGUAUUGAAACAACUGUGAUGAUUGUUCCUCGCCCUUCAUUGUCGACAUACAUAGAUUUGCAGAGCUCGCAAUCGAAUAUGCUCAAAUGCCCUUGUUCAAGCGUAGCCAUACCGUAUCAAGUCCUAAUUUCAUGGGCACCAACGUUUCAUCAGGUGUGUUCCAGCGACUUCGUCAGCCAACUUUGGAGUUCAUCACUGUAUUAUCUCGAUGCCACCUUCCUGAACUAUCCACUCACUGAAUGGAAUAGUUUAGGCAUGCGUCAUUUCUUGCUACUGUCUACGCUAUGCCAACUCAGUUACAAAACUGUUACUGAUGCCAUACAACGGUUUGGUGGACAAUCACUGGUCACUUUGAAUGUUAUCAACCAAGCUGAUUUUACCAGUCAAGUGAAUACAACAGUGAAUGAAUUCACUGAAACAUUGAUCACUAAUUUUGCACUUCUUGUUGAUGCCAUGCGACUUUUCACGCAAACAGAUCAACCUUACACAAUGCUUAACAAUGCCAAGCUGGUUGCUUCGACGACACGAAACCAGAUCACUAAUGAAACACUGCUGCAGAUCCAAUUUCAACUUACCGGUCCGAUAGAUACUAGGACAGCAGCGAAUCACUGUAUUUGCGCUAUUAAUCCUAAUUGUUACAGUCCUGUUACGGUUGCUGUUCUCGUUCUGCAGCGUGGCUAUUAUGUCUACAGCAACAGUACUUAUCGCAUGCCAGGAUCAAUCAUGGGCUGUUUUAUCGUCGAUUCUCUGCUACUCUCCACACUCGAAUGUUAUUAUUUGGAUUCAUGUCUGACCAUAUAUGACAGUUAUAUCAACCGCUCUUAUCGUGCUUUUAGUAUAGAUCCACCAGGUUUUCGACCUCGUGCACUCGCUUAUGACUCGGCAAAAAGUCGCUUUCCCCCCGAUACACUCCUUUCGAUGAUAGUAAAAGAACUGAUGAUUGAGCAGUGGAAUGUAUCCUUCUCAUUUGAUCAAUACUACCAAGCAUGUGCGCCAGUCCAAUGCACUUAUUCUUACACUAGACGAAGCAAUGAUUUUCUAAGCAUUGUAAUCACGUUGAUUUCAACUGUUGGCGGACUUGCUGCUGCACUCAGAAUCAUCAUACCUCUACUGAUAGCUACUGCUUAUGGUUUAUUCAAAUCAAAGAACAGUCAGCAACGAGAUCCAGAACAACAAAAAAGCCUAAAAAUGUCCGACAGAAUCAAGGUGUUAUCCGGUCAAGUUGUCCGGCUAAUAUUCACCAGACUAGCCAAUUUAAAUAUUUUUCCCUUACGAAGCUUUGGAAGUCGUAUGGAUCGAAAAGAUGCAAUCUAUCUUGGUAAAAUAACCACACGCUUUUACAUUGUAUUUCUCCUCGUGAGCGUCAUCAUUUUGCCACUGUACACUGCUGUUCGACCUCGAAUUAUCACAAAAGUGUUCGUGAAACCAACGUUCAAUCUGUACAGCAAUCUUCGGCGUGAUCACGGAGACGCUCUCCAGUGUCGUUGUUCAUACAUUUCAUGGACGUAUGAUAACUUUGUACACAUCAAACCAACGUUUCAUCAGAUAUGCUCAGGCCCAUUUGUUUUGGAACAAUGGCGAACUAAUAUUACGGACAAACUAGUGUCUGAUCUGUCUGCUUACCCAAUGAACGAUUAUCGUCGUUUUCUCUCCUCGCAUUUACAGUUUCUUUCUGGAUUAUGUCGCCAAACUACUAAGUCGGUGAACAGAUCACUUGCUCAGUUUUUGUCAUCGUUCUUCGUCACCAAUGAACUUCUUUCACCAGAACUGUUUCAGACACGGAUUGAGUCCGCUGUUGACCAAAACAGAUUCAAAGCUUCUGUCGUGUUCAAUCGUGCUUUAUCUUUACUUCGAAUUACUAAUCAUGGAAAUGAUGUCAUAUCCGCUUACGGGAGUAACUUUCAGCUUAUUGAUCCAUGGUGGCUCAACAAUUCUUAUUCGAGCGCGAUAACUCGCGCAAUAACAUACGACAACAAUUGUUCCUGUGCGCUGAAUAUGAGUUGCACUACACAAGCUGGAUUUGUCACGACAAGUUUGCCCUCGUUCGUGCCAAUUCAAGGUCUCAAAAUGGGUUGUACACCAAAUGAAGCAUUCCUUGCUUCGACACUCGAAUGUUUCUAUAAUUCGACGUGUCUUGGUCUCAUCCUACAAUAUACGAUGAACAAUAGCGAUGCCAUCAUUGCCAAUACUCAUGAACCACUUAUUACAAACACUAGUCGAUUUUCUGUAGGCACAACUGUCAUCGAUCUUGUUAAUGAAGUUUUUAUCGAGAAAUGGGCAAUAUCGAGCGACUACUUGAGAUAUUUCAAUCAAUGUUCACCUAGCUCAUGCUCAUAUUCGUAUAUACAACAAUUCGAUUCACUCUACACUGCGACUGUGAUACUUGGUUUGUAUGGUGGUUUAUCGUUGAUCUUGAAAUGGAUAUGUCCUAAGAUCAUUAGUUUUCUCACUCAAAUUUAUCGAUGGCGAAAACAACGACGACAUCUUGUUCAACCCAAAUCUCCAAUUGCUAUGAUAAUGACGGCAGAUUCAGUGCAAAAUGUUGACACUACCGAUAGUUCUCCUAGUGAUGCACAUCCAACAUCGGAUUCUUUUCGAGGAAUAUUACCGUGCUUCGUCUUUACAAUGAUACUGAUUGUGCUGAUGAUAGCAUCUAUUACUGUAACAUCUGUGUACUUGGCUCGACGUGAUAAAGACCACACUUCGUUAACAGCGUUAAUGUGCUCGCCAACAUUUCAACUACUCGGUACAUAUUCGACCGGCUUCAACGCUCAGCCUAAUUCGAUCGUUACGGCAGACUUCAAUCGAGAUGGUCAUGUCGAUCUUGCUUUUGGUAAUCAAGAGCCAGAUAAUAUAGGUGUACUGCUCGGUAACAACGAUGGAACAUUCACCGCACAAACAACAUUUUUGAGUGGUUAUAGCACUUAUGCGCAACUGCUUACUACGAGUGAUUUCAAUAAUGAUAAUCUGACAGAUUUGGCUGUCGGUAGUUACGUGGAUGGAGCUAUAGGGAUUCUAUUGAAUCGUGGAAAUGGAAGUUUUCAAAAUGCAUCGAUAUUUUAUAUCGGUACCGGUAGUUCGGUGUACUCGAUUGCUACUGGGAAUUUUGAUGGUGAUGAUUAUUUAGAUAUUGUUGUUACGGGAAUGAAUCCAGCAGUAUGCGUACUUAUCAGCGACGGUAACGGUCAUUUCAAUUCACCGAUCAAUAUUUCUUCUAAUGUUUUAACUCAAGUAACAUUUGUUGUUGUUGGUGACUUUAAUAAUGAUGGUCACUUAGAUCUAGUAGGUGUUGAGGAGUACGGUGACGAUGGCGAAGCGUUCCUAAAUGAUGGAACUGGACAUUUUCACUCUUCAGAGUCAUUCACAUUAGCAUCCUACAGUCAUCCGAAUGCAUUGGUGACAGGUGACUUCAAUAACGAUUCGAGACUAGAUCUUGCUGUUGUUAACAGAAACAAAGUUAACGUAGCGAUCUUACUCGGUCAUAAUAAUGGAACUUUCGAUAAACCAGUAGUGUACUCUACGGGAAUAAAUAGUGAUCCUUAUUCAGUGGUUGCCGGUGAUUUCAAUAAUGAUGGACGACUAGACUUAGCUGUGAGUAAUUUUAAUAACCACAAUGUCGGCGUUUUUCUCGGAAUCGGUGACGGUACCUUCUUAUCACCACUGAAUUUUUUCACUCGUGAAUAUACUGCGCUCCAAACCCUUGUUACUGGUGAUUUCAACAGUGAUGACAAAUUGGAUUUUGCCAUUGUGAACUACUCAAACAGCUCUUUACUUAUUUUAUUGAAUACAUGUGUCUGCUGUGUCAAUUAA